AUGAACUACAAGGACAAUCUCGUUGAAAAGGUUGGCGGACAAAGCCAAUUUGACUUUAUCGUCAUCAAAUAUUGCGAGCACAUUACCGCAGAUCAGAGCCUGAAACUCUUCUUCAAAGACAUGGAACACGACAGUCUCAUUGAACUACAAAAGGAGUUUCUCAGUGCCGCCCUGUUGGACCUUCCUUCUCACAUUACCGAAGUUGCCAUGGGAAGAUUGGUAGUCAAUUACCAAGACUUGUGGGAAUCUGGUUUGAAUGAACGUCACUUUGAUACCCUGAAAGCUCAUUUCAUUGAAUCUCUCCGAGAUUGCUGGGUCGAAGAGAAUCUAAUUACCCUCUUUGACCAACACUUUGACAGUCUACGACCAUUGUUCCAUGAGGUUUCCCCCAACAAGAAGCAAAUCCAAGAACAAGUUGUCAGCCUGCACCAUCAUAUCUCUAGUAUUGCCCAACGAAGUGCUGGUGGUACUCGCACCAACCGUUUGGGUAGAAUCCCCAAUGGAAAUGCACGAACCUGA